GGCAGGAUAAGCCGACUGGCGACGAUGACGGUCAGCUGUUGAAUCCUGCCGCGGGCAAUCCGGCGAACGACAAAGCGGCCCGCCGUCGUAACCGCCGCCGACGCCGGCAGCAACAACGCCAUCUACCGAGCACACCGAGUGGGAUUAGCCUACCGAUGGCCACCACCACGAGCGCGACGGAAGAUAAAAACUCGUACCACGCCCGGCUGGAGCGGCUGCGGGCUGAACUGGGCACGGUGAGCUACUCGGUACGGGACCACAGCCUUGGAGGUCCCGGCCAUCAUCAUCACCGUGACCGCGAGCCCGUCGAAACGGAGCCAAAGAAGAAGCGUCGAACGUCGUCGUUGUCAGGCGGUGGAAAGCGGAAGCACCACCGUCAGAACAUCGUUGCCCAUCAACAUACGACCGACAGGACUGCGGGUCCUGAGGUAGGUGACGGUGUCGCGAGUCGGUUCCAUCCGCGCUCUCAUCACCGAGCGAGGACAGGGGCCGAGGACGAGGUCGAGGACGGAGCGAAUUUGCAUUUCCUACCGGAAAAUCAAGCACCGGCACGGAACAAGAACACGGUACAGGUGGCGGAUCUACGGCCAUCAUCAGUACCUGUUGACGUUGAGCCCGCUGAACGUAAUGAAGGAUAUAUUACGUCCGAUCUACAUCAUCAUCGUGUGGCGCGUGCAGCAACAGCGAAGAAGGAACGCAUCUGGGACUUUGGCGUCAUACCGUACGAAAUCGACGGAAACUUUAGUGGUAUGCACAAGGCCCUGUUCCGGCAGGCGAUGCGCCACUGGGAGAACUACACCUGCAUCAAGUUCGUCGAGCGCAAUCCUAUCGACCAUCCGAACUACAUCGUGUUUACCGAGCGGGCGUGCGGUUGUUGCUCGUUUGUUGGUAAACGGGGCAAUGGACCCCAGGCGAUUUCGAUUGGCAAGAACUGCGACGAGUUCGGUAUCGUGGUGCACGAGUUGGGUCACGUGGUUGGCUUCUGGCACGAGCACACACGGCCGGAUCGGGAAGACCAUGUCGUGAUCGAGAAGAAAAACAUCAUGAUGGGGCGGGAAGAUAACUUCAACAAGCUGUCGACGGACGAGGUGAAUUCUUUGGGUCUUCCGUACGAUUACGAUUCGAUCAUGCACUACGCUCGGAACACCUUUUCUAAGAACAUCUAUCUGGACACGAUUUUGCCUAUCGAAGUUCAGGGCCGCAAACGACCCGAAAUAGGACAACGACUGCGGCUGAGCGAUGGCGACAUUGCUCAGGCCAACUUGCUGUACCAGUGUACCAAGUGUGGUCGUACUUUUCAGGACAACUCGGCAUCUUUCACGUCGCCGAACUAUCACUCCAACCAACGUCCAUCCGAACCGGAGCGCUGCGAAUGGCGUAUCACGGCAACGCAUGGCGAACGGAUAUUGCUCAACAUAACCGAUCUGGACAUUUACAAAUCGAACAGCUGCCGCUCCGACUACCUGGAGAUCCGGGAUGGAUACUGGCACAAGUCGCCGAUUCUGGGCAAGUUCUGUGGUUCCGGCAAGGUAAACGAGCUGAUUCGCUCGACCGGAAGUCGCAUGCUGCUGACGUACACCACCACUUACCGGCAGGCUUCGAUGCGUGGCUUUGCCGCCAGCUAUGAAGCAAUUUGUGGUGGCGAAAUGAAUCUCGAGUCCGGCGGCCGGCUAGAGUCGCCCAACUACCCUGUCGACUAUCUGCCCAACAAGGAGUGCAUCUGGCGGAUAACCGUCCCGAAGGACUACCAAGUGGCCUUGAAGUUUCAAUCGUUUGAAGUGGAGAAUCACGAUAACUGUAUCUAUGACUACGUCGAGGUACGGGAUGGUGGCGCUGCCGACUCGCGGUUGAUCGGUGUCUACUGCGGUUACAAGAUUCCACCCGAUAUGAAGUCAUCGUCUAACAAGCUGUUUGUCAAGUUCGUCUCGGACGGGUCGGUGCAGAAGGCAGGAUUCUCGGCCACUUUCAUGAAGGAGGUAGACGAGUGCGAGCACAUGGACCAUGGCUGCGAACACGAGUGCAUCAACACGCUCGGAGGUUACGAAUGUGCCUGCUACAUUGGCUACGAGCUGCACAGCGAUAAGAAGUCGUGCGAAAAUGCCUGUGGUGGAAUGUUGGAUACACCGAACGGUACGAUCCAGUCACCGUCGUUUCCGAAAGAAUACCCGAUGAUGAAGGAGUGCGUGUGGGAAAUCGUGGCCCUCCCGCAGCACAAAAUCACCCUCAACUUUACCCAUUUCGACCUCGAGGGCAACACGUUCUACCAGGCGUCCGAAUGCGAGUACGACUACGUGGCAGUGUUGUCCAAGAGUCCGGACGGUAGCCUACACAAGCACGGUUCGUUCUGCGGCUCGAGUGUUCCGCCGGCCGUCACGUCCGAGUGGAACGUUCUGCGGGUGGUGUUCCGGUCCGACAAGACGAUCCAGAAGACGGGCUUCGCGGCCGUCUACUUUACCGACAUCGACGAGUGUGCGGUAAACAAUGGAGGGUGUCAGCAGGAGUGUAAAAACACCAUCGGUUCCUAUCUGUGCUCGUGCCGGAAUGGUUACACGCUGCACGACAAUGGACACGACUGCAAGGAGAGUGGCUGUAAGCACGAGAUCUUUACUCCGAACGGUCAGAUACUGAGCCCAAAUUAUCCGGAUUACUAU